CGAACUUCCUCCUGGUUCACUUUUUUGUUGGAACUGUGUGAUAUUUGGUGAAAAAUCUGUAGAAAAUAUGUACAGUUACAGCAAGUUAGGUUCGCCGGUUUUAAGGGCAAUUGUUGGAAAUGGCCGGCUUACGACCAUGCGCAACGCUAGUCCAACACUUGCUAAGACCUGUGUGGCUGUUGUAAACCCAUCAUUUGAAAGCAACAAUAUGCUUGCAACAAGAUCAAUUCAAACAAGUGCUAGUGUUAGAGAUGUCGAAACAGCUGCUAAGUUCAUUGGAGCUGGUGCUGCCACAGUUGGAUGUGCAGGCAGUGGAGCUGGAAUCGGAACUGUGUUCGGCAGUCUUAUAAUUGGCUAUGCGAGAAAUCCAUCGCUGAAACCACAGCUGUUCUCCUACGCUAUUAUGGGUUUCGCCUUAUCAGAAGCGAUGGGGUUAUUUUGUCUUAUGAUGGCCUUCCUUAUUCUCUUUGCUCUGUAGACGAAAUGGAAAUAUAGCUAUAGACGUUAUAACCAUUAGCCAUGUUUAAAUAUGAUCGUGUUGACAAUAAGAUAAAUCUAACAAUUACUAGGUUUGAAAGUGUUUGGCUAAUAAAAUGUUUGUUUUAAAUUA